UGGCCAGUAUAGCAGCAGCCUGGAGUAGUUGGGCAGGUCUAUGCAUCUACUGCAUGCUGCAGCCGGGUAAGGAAGGAAGGAAAGAGGGCAAGAAGGAAGAAAAGACGGACUAAGAAGUCAGUGUGGGAGGUGUAAAUCCACUGUGGAUGAGCAUGCUGAGGGGAGAAGAAGAGGUGAUAGAGAAGGAGGGAAGAGAAGAGAGGCAGGGAGGCAGGAGAGGAGAUUCGGCUGGCUAUAUGUGUGAGGCUGCAGUUGCUGCUUCUCCCUCUGCUGUUUCUGCACUGUGUGGUCGAUCACGAUAAAGCUUCACCAAGAUAACAGAAGGCUUUGACAGAGGAUGAAGGUAUGGUGACUAAAGAUCUGCUGGAGGCGUCCUAAGGGCCUGUUUGUCCUCUGUUUGCCCAUAAUGUCCUUAGUCUUACUGAGUAGGAAGGAAUAUGUCCUAAAAAUACAGUGACACCCCCAUCAACAGAUAAACAAACAAAACCCUAGUAAAAGGAGAGGAGGCCAGUCUCUGUCUUCUGUAUCACUCGCGCUCUCUUCCUGGCCUCGAGUGUGAGGUCAUGUCCCAGUCUGGAAAAGUCCUUCAUCUGUACGUGGAGGUAAGGUCAGCCCCGGAGCAGGAGGGGAAGGGGGGCUUGGGGGGAGGAGUGGAGGGUCCUGGGACUGGGAGUAACUCCGCAUCAGCACAGGAUGGGCCAGCUGGGCUUUUGUCCAAGCUAACCUGCCAGACAAAAUGUCAGACUCCUACCAAAGCUCCAACGCACCACCUAGCCCAUAACUUCACUCACACCCAGUCUCCCUCCAGACACACAGUGAGCUUCCAGCUCCACCAAGGCAGUGGCAACCAGUCGCCUAGCAUCUCCAAGCGGCAGAGUUUACCAGCAGCACUGAACCACUCCCCAGCCUUUUCCAGAAAUGGGAGGACCACCACCCCCCACAAACCCUCCUCCAAAGGGCAGGGGGUGGGGGGAAAUGCCAAACGCUCGGUGGUCACCUUCAGCUACAUCGAGAAGGCUAACGUCAAGACAGUGGAGAGCCCACAGAACUCUGCCUGUCAGAGGAGGUCUAGGGAGGAGAGGUCGUCCCCACCUUCCUACCCCCGGAAGAGACUCAGCGACCCCAUCUGGUUAGGUAGUCCUGGCUCCUCCUGCAGCUCCAGUCCCAAACUAGCGUUUUGUCCCCCAGGGUGUAUCCAGCAACAACAGCAACCGUCAGUCUCCCCCAGCCACCGCCACCCCGUCUUGGAUUCCGUUGGCAGGGCAGCCACCCAGCUUGCCCUGGAAGAGUUUGGGUUUGGUUCCCCCCUGCACAGGAGUAAGAUCCUCCAUGGGCUCGAGCAGAGUCCCAGGUGCUCCCGCCACAACCAGCAGGCCCGUUGCCUGUCCUGGGCAGGCGGCUCUCCUGUCCAACGCCACAGCGCCUGCAAUAAUCUCCCCAAUAAUCACGACAUGGACACAGAUAGAAACCGGGCCAUUUGCGGGCCAUUACCCAGGAGCCCAGCCUCCGACCAGCUUUCGUCUCAUGCCAGCCAGGCCGCUCUGGGUAUGUCUCCUAACUCGAGACCCAGGUUGUGUAUGGGGCCCAAGGCCCAGAGCCCACACCAAUGGGAACGUCAGGACAAAGCUAUCAUAGGGAGUCCAGCCACCCAGAGACAAGUACACAAGCCCUGUAACAGCAGUUCCUCCCCUCAAGGGACCAUUCUCCAACUUAGCAAUAAACUAGGGGUGGGAACUGUACUGAACCAGCUAAGUGGUAGCAAACCCUCCUCCCCAUCCAACAGCCCUGAAGUGGCCCGGAGGCUAGCUGAGGAGGCUACUAAAGUGUCCUCUAUUUUAGCAGAGGUAAGGAGGAACUCAUUGACAUUGCACAGCACUUUAGACGAAGUAGAGAGCCCCAACUGUGGAUGUAUGUCCAGAGAAGCCAACAGUUCUGUCCCAAAAGCACAUCUGCAACAUUUGCAGCAUCAGAAAGUUAAGAUGAACAUCCCUUUACACGGCCUACACACACCAGCAUCGAACGACACUGACUCUCACCAGACUGGAAACUCUUUACCAUCGUCACGCACACAGGACACAAACUCUCCAACACUAACCAAUCAUGGGACACGGCGCGGAGGAGGGCAGGCUCUGGGUCAGAGCUCUAUCCUAUCAGACGCAGUAGUGGAUGGAGGAGUGUCCCCAGCCCUGCCUUCACGCUUCCUCCGUCCAUUUCUUCCACCAGCCGAGACCAGCUCCCCUCUGAGGGACCCCAGGCUGCUGAGAGCCCAGCUCAGAGUCACCGACAGCCCCACGCUGCACCGCUGUCAGCCCCCUCAAUACACUGGAGAUUUCUGGUCCUUUGAGCCGGACAGGAGAGCCGACUUGUCCUGCUUCGACAGGGGGGACAGUGCCGAGCUGGCCCGUAGGCUCUACAUACGCCAGAGUGUGGAAGAAGCCCCUGUCAGCUGGACUUCCAGGCAGCCCUGGAGCCACCUGGUAGGGGAGGAGAGCAGCAGCUCCAGGUCCAGCCCCAGACAUGGACCUGGACCCGGUCAGCAGCCCUUGAGCACGGCCCAGCAGAAGAGGGCUGAGCAGAGGAGGAGGGAGGUUCUGCUGCUGGGCCCUGUGGUGCUGGACUCCCCAGAGGAGGACGAGGGCCUGGAUGGGGAUGGGGAAGGGGAGGAGGUUUCAGGACAAGGGCAGCAGCCAAGCCUGUUGAGGGUGGAGGAGCCUCGGGGGGGGGAGCAAAUUGGCAUAGCAGGGUCCUCGUCGCACAGCUCCAGCGGGGUGACGGGCAGCCUAGGUGAAAGGGAAUGUGUGUCCCCAGAGUCCAGUCAGUCCAGCCACCAGAGCAACGAGACAGGGGCUGCCACUUCAGGGAUACAGACGGACAGUGGCACUGCAGUCCCAGGCCCCUCCCUCCACUCCCAGAGGAUAGCUCGUGCCAAGUGGGAGUUCCUAUUUGGGACACCCGCUGAGGAGGCUGCCAGCAGGGGGGAGAAAAGUACCAUCGAACCCUCCACAGCUCCUCCCAGUGGCCAGUCCAGUGAAUCCCCCACCUCCCCCACCUCCCUCCCCCUCAUCUCAGCCAAUCACGAGGUGCAGCACGUGGAGGUGGAGCUGGUGACUCCAGCGGUGGCGGGGGAGUCGCCAAAGACGGGCAUCAUCCGGAGGACCCUCAAGUACUCGGAGACGGACCUGGACGCCGUGCCCCUGCGCUGCUACCACGAGACCGACAUCGAUGAGGUGCUAUUGGCUGAGCAGGAAGACGCCGACUCAGCGUUUGGGAGUAACCGUAGUGUGAAAAGCACGUCGGGUACAGGCAGCAGCCCCCUGGGUGUCUGUCCCUAUGAGAGAACGAGUGGGGAGGAGGAGGAGGUGGAAGGAGAGGAGGAAGAGGAGGAGGAUGACGAGGAGGACGAGGAGGAGGUGGUGAGCUGGGUCUCAGUGAGGAUGCAGGGGGACAUUAAGAGGCAGCAGCAGCAGCAGGUGAUCAGUCAGCUGCUGAAGAGGCCAUUGGACAGUUUCUUCGACAACCUCCCGGUCCUCAAGUCGCCCAUCCUGGUUUCGGGGCCUCGUCUGGCAGGCCCGACUGAGGACACCUUCAGCCGCCAUUUUGAGAGCAUAAUGGAGUCACAUCGCGCCAAGGGCACAUCCUACUGCAGCCUGGACAGCGAGGAGCUGCUGACCUCCAGCACCCAGACGGUCCUGAGCUUUGACCUUCCCACACUGACCCCAGAGAUCCAGGGAGGUCAGAUGAUCUGUCAGAGCGCCCGGCACAUUGUCAAGUUGAGUUUCGCCCCACUGGCCCACUGCGAGAGGGGAACAAGCCUAUCAGAUUCCAUCGUCACGGUGACAGGCGACUCGGACGCCACGCGCGCCCCCUCCAGCGAAAGGCUGAGCAGUGGCUCGGAGGACACACUCCCGCGAGGGGGCGGGGCACGGAUGUUGGGGAGCAGCUGGUACAGCAACCCCACAUUCUCCUUCCCUAGGUCAGUGAUGUCAUACAGCAGCAACCCCUCCCUCUCCUUCCACAGGGAGAAGGCUCGUCUGGCGACAGACUCGGAGCUGGAUCAGGACCUCAGUGAGCGGCUGGGACUGGGGAGCAGCGACACCCUCACCAACGGUAACCGUGCUGACGGGGAGGCCGCUAAGCGCCUGGCCAAGCGCCUCUUCACCCUGGACGGCUUCAGGAAGUCCGACGUGGCCCGUCACCUCAGCAAGAACAAUGACUUCAGUCAUAAGGUUGCAGAGGAGUAUCUACACUUCUUUAACUUCACAGGUCUUAAUGUGGACCAGGCUCUGAGAGCCUUACUCAAACAGUUUUCCCUGAUGGGAGAGACUCAGGAGAGGGAGCGGGUGCUGUCUCACUUCUCCAGGAGAUACCUGCACUGUAACCCAAAACUCAUACCCUCUGAGGAUGGUGUUCAUACCUUGACCUGUGCCCUGAUGCUGCUAAACACAGACCUGCAUGGCCAUAACAUUGGCAAAAGGAUGUCCUGCACACAGUUCAUUGACAACCUGGAGGGUCUGAAUGAGGGUCACGACUUUCCCAAAGACUUGCUGAAGGCCCUGUACAACUCAAUCAAGAAUGAGAAGCUUCAAUGGACAAUCGAUGAGGAGGAGAUGCGGAAGUCUUUCUCGGAGCUGGGGGACACCAACCAGGCGGACUCCACCUCUAAACACAUGAAGAGCAUGGCCAGCGGUGGGAAACCCCUCGUGGUCAUGGCCCAGCCCUCGGGAGCCCUGCUGUACAAGAACGGCUUCCUGGUGCGCAAGGUGCACGCCGACUCAGACGGCAAGAGAACACCGCGUGGGAAGAGAGGAUGGAAGACGUUCUAUGGCAUUCUGAAGGGGCUGAUUCUCUACCUGCAGAAGGGAGAGUACCGGCCAGAUAAACAGCUGUCGGACGAGGAUCUGAAGAACGCCGUGUCUAUCCACCACUCUCUGGCGAUGAGGGCUGCUGACUACAGCAAGAGACCCAAUGUGUUCUACCUCCGCACCGCCGACUGGAGAGUCUACCUCUUCCAGGCACCAAACGCGGAGCAAAUGCAGUCGUGGAUCACGCGCAUCAACACGGUAUCAGCCAUGUUCUCAGCACCACCCUUCCCUGCAGCCAUUGGUUCACAGAAGAAAUUUGCCCGACCGCUGCUGCCAGGCUCCACCUCCAAACUGUCACAGGAGGAGCAGGUCCAGUCCCAUGAGGCUCGGUUCCGGGCCAUCUCCACUGAACUGGCUGAGCUGCGCUCGUAUCCUCCAGACCGAAAGGUCAAAGGCCGUGAGCUGGAGGAGUACCGCCAGCGGGACGAGUACCUGGAGUUUGAGAAAACGCGCUAUGGUACCUACGCCAUGCUACUGCGGGCCAAGAUCCGCUGCGGCGAGGAUGACUUGUCCGUAUUCGAGGCCCAGAUCCUGGAGGACAAUGGCCUGCAGCGCGCCCACUCCAGCCCCACGCUGCAGGACAGCAGCCAGGCCAGCCAGGCCUCCCAGGGCAGCAGCACCAAGGAGCCGGUGGGCUGCAGCGGUAUAGGAAAAGGCUCCAAGCGCACAGAGGGCCAGAGAUACAGCUACCGCCAGGCCGUCAAGAAGUGAGUCAGGGCGGGGUGCUGGGUGGUGAUGACGUGGCAGGCUUGUAUCCCUGCGCAGGUUAUUUGAGAUCUGGGUGAGGGGGGGGUUAUAGGAGCAUGAAAAGGAGCGGCGUGAGAGUUUACUGUAUACACCCUACCCCCCCCCCGCCCCCCAUGGCGCACCCAUCCAGCACCCCCGAUCUCCUCAGCCAGUAGUGGAGGUGUAGAGGUGCAGGUCCUAUGACUGGCGCGUUCACUGGCCAAUGCCAGCGGUGUGUUGGGACAUGAGGGAGGGAGGAGCAUUGGAGAUGUCAUGGAGCUUGGACAGGAGGUAUUUGAGAGAAGGCUUUCUGGAUACAGUAAUAGACUGUACUAUACCAUACGGUAAGACAGAGGGUCCUCCUGUAAGCGGUAGCUCCGCCGUACAGGGACUCCCUUUCAGCAUCCUUUCCUUCUAAUUCUUUGAGGUCACCUCUCUCACAAACCCCUCCACCAACCUUUUUCCUUGAUGUUAUUUUUUCUUAUUUGGGACCAAACAUGUUUACACGUUUGACACCUUAAGUCUCCAAUGACUGUUCUGUUGAUUUCAACAUGUGUUACAGUACUGUAAUACUGCAGUAAGAGGAGCUAGACCCUAGACUCAUUGCAGUUCCAUUUUUUUCCACAACAUCAGGGUGUGUCCACAUUCCAUAAGGGAGCCUAAACACUCGGGUACUUGCAGUUCCUGAACUUUUCUUUGGGGCAAAUAUGGCGGCAACAAGGUGGCUCUAGUGGAUCCGUAAUGGCAGUGCACUAUGCAUCAGGAUCCGCAAUGGAGGUUCAGUUGCAGCUCUUCCUCCUGGCCCGAAUCAGGGCGAGGGCAGAGGAGAGACUGAGCUCUCAUGACUUCAGACACUCCACUCUCUACAGACUCUCACUCUUCUCCCCUCUCAGAGAGGGGGUAACUGUGGCUCCCAUCUCUAUCCUAUCUCCCAAAUGGGUUGUCAGUGUGGCGGAUGUCAUUUGAGGCAUGUCAUUAUAAACUGGGUGGUUCGAGCCCUGAAUGCUGAUUGGCCGACAGCUGUGGUAUAUCAGACCGUAUACCACGAGUAUGACAAAACAUUUAUUUUUACUGCUCUAAUUACGUUGGUAACCUGUUUAUAAUAGCAAUAAGGCAGCUCGGGGGAUGCGUCGUGCCUAAGAACAGCCUUUAGCCGAGGUAUAUUGGCCAUAUACCACACCCCCUUGUGCCUUAUUGCUUAAUUGUACUGCAUCAUCCUCUCAGCAAGAGACCCAUGGUUUCUUUCCUUUUCCUUAAAGGGGCAAUCUGCGAUUGAUAUAUACCCAUUGAUUUUUUAAGAAUAUAAUGUAUAUAUGCCUCAUGAGUUUAGUUCAACUGUUGUACCCCAUCAGAACCCCAAAUAUAAACUUGUUUUUCUCCUUUGUUUGUAAACAGUGUAAUUGUAAACAAAAACAGAAUCUCCACAAAACAUGGUUAAAACUACGUUUCUGAUAUAAUUGAUGGUUAGUCCUUGUAUCCAUAGCUCUGUCCAUGGAUUUGAGAGGGGUUACAUUUCUCCAUCCCCAUCCCUCAGCUGUUCACAAAAUCAGUGGCAGGGUGGAUGCUUUGUAUUGUUGAAUCGCAGAGUGCCCAUUUAAUAGCAGUUGAUACUACUCCUACCUAGCCAGUUGCUUUAGCUUUGUCUUGUGGUGGGCUUCUGUUCUUCUUUCUUACUUCUCUGGGCUGAACUUUGUUUUUUUCUCAGCAUGCCUGCAUUGAGCUCAGCUUUUUCUUUAAUGCCUUUUUCUUCUUCCAGUGAAAAAAGGAGAGCAGCAACAGUUUGGGUUGUGUUUUUAUUCACGCUGUUAUAUUGACAUGUCCUCCCUGUUACUCCCUGACAUGUCCUCCCUGUUACUCCUUGACAUGUCCUCCCUGUUACUCCCUGACAUGUCCUCCCUGUUACUCCUUGACAUGUCAUCCCUGUUACUCCCUGACCUGACCUCCAUAUUACUCCCUGACCUGUCAUCCCUGUUACUCCCUGACCUGUCCUCCCUGUUACUCCCUGACCUGUCCUCCCUGUUACUCCCUGACCUGUCCUCCCUGUUACUCCCUGACCUGUCCUCCCUGUUACUCCCUGACCUGUACUCCAUGUUACUCCCUGACCUGUCCUCCCUGUUACCCCCUGACCUGUCCUCCCUGUUACCCCCUGACCUGUCCUCCGUGUUACUCCCUGACCUGUCCUCCCUGUUACUCCCUGACCUGUCCUCCCUGUUACUCCCUGACCUGUCCUCCCUGUUACUCCCUGACCUGACCUCCAUAUUACUCCCUGACCUGUACUCCCUGUUACCCCCUGACCUGUCCUCCCUGUUACUCCCUGACCUGUCCUCCCUGUUACUCCCUGACCUGUCCUCCCUGUUACCCCCUGACCUGUCCUCCCUGUUACCCCCUGACAUGUCCUCCGUGUUACUCCCUGACCUGUCCUUCCUGUUACUCCCUGACCUGUCCUCCCUGUUACUCCCUGACCUGUCCUCCCUGUUACUCCCUGACAUGUCCUCCCUGUUACUCCCUGACCUGUCCUCCCUGUUACUCCCUGACCUGACCUCCAUAUUACUCCCUGACCUGUACUCCCUGUUACUCCCUGACCUGUCCUCCCUGUUACCCCCUGACCUGUCCUCCCUGUUACCCCCUGACCUGUCCUCCGUGUUACUCCCUGACUUGUCCUCCCUGUUACCCUCUGACCUGUCCUCCCUGUUACUCCCUUAAUCUAUGUGUAUAUGUAUAGGGAACUUGUUUAUAAGACCUAUUUAACACUCACCAGGCAGACCCUGAAUGUUCUUGUUUUUUUAUAUAUAUUUUUACAGUAUUUUACAAUAGUCUGUCGGACAUGCUCCUCUUCCUCUUGUGUACUGUUGUAAGCGUCAUUGUACGAUGAAAUAUCAAGAAUAUAAGAAGUAUUUUAUUCAUAUUCAUAGUAAACCUAUGGCAGACGUUUUAUAAUAACCUGUCAGCUACUAUAUUAUGCUUAUAUUGUAUGAUACAUUAUACAGUAUAUGUACUUUUACAAUAUAUCCUGGUGAAUAUGCAUAAAAUAAACAUACAGAGUUGAUAUUAUACAUUCCCUGUAUUUAAAUGUUCUGAAAGUGUUCUGUGAUAAUCAUGCGUUUUUACGUAGAAUUCUUCUGUAUGUAAAGGGGCAACAAAGGCACCAGCACAAUCUGAGUAUUAUCUAAAAGACUAUGUAUCUAUCAAACAAUGAUGAGACUGAGAAAGAAGACCUAGCAAAGUGGGACAGUGCCACAAUUAAUUCCCAUCAUUAUUUCAACUCUCUGGUCUGAAUUAUUUGGAAGAGAGUGAGAGAGGCAUUCUUCUUUAAAUUGUUUGCAUGAUUUACUUUGAAGGUAUUUGUUGAUCUUGUCAGAGAGUAAUGUUUUGCUGUUGUUGCUACAUGAAAAACAGACAUGGAAUAAUGUAACAGGUGAAUGUGAAACGUGGAAUGUGAGAGGAUUGCCUUGCAGGCUGUAUAGACGGGGGGGAGCGGCAAUGCAUUUACUGACGAAAUAUGUAUGGAAGCAUAUCCAUACCAUAUCCUCAAUCAAUGUAAAUUAAAAAUAAUCAACAUAGCCAUUUCAUGACAUACAUUCAGUUUCAAACAUUCACUGGAGAAUGUCAUAUUGUUGCGUAAUAUGUUUGAAGGAUAGACAUUUUCUACUCAGGCUUUCAAACGUCUCCUUGAACAGCUGUGUUGCCAGCAUCCUACCAGCAGAGAGAGCUGUUUAGCAGGACAUUCAGUUACCUUUCAGCCAUAACAUUGCUGCCCCCGCACUGCACAAGCUUGUUAGGGUGGCCCGUUCGCAGUCUCUGGCUAGGGAGUACUGCGGAGCUAUCUGUGAUCGUUGAUAGAUAGUUCUGUGUGUGUGUGUGUGUGUGUGUGUGUGUGUGUGUGUGUGUGUGUGUGUGUGUGUGUGUGUGUGUGUGUGUGUGUGUGUGUGUGUGUGUGUGUGCUCACGUGCGAAUGCGUACAUCUGAGGAGAUGUGUUUUUGUUCUGCUGUAGGCUUGUGAAUGUCAUUGAAUGCAGUAUGCUGCGACCUGGCUGACCUGCUGUUCUACUAAGGAGCCUAUUUAAGGAAUGUGGCUGAGGAGAAUAUUCUAGCCGGCAGAUUCAUGUAAUAUUUUGAAGCAGAAAUGGUUUAUCCAGCUGUGUCCAUCGCAUGUAGUUACCUUGCUGAAAAAAAAUAUCUGUACAAUUUUAGUACAGACAAUUGAAUGUUAAAUCGAAGUUUCACUUGGUGUAUUUUGCCUCUCGUCUUUUCCUAUCUCACUUCAGUUAUUUUUGCAUUUGUCACCUUCCUUUUCCAUGAUCUCUUUCCACUCCAAUCUCAUACCCUCUCUAUUUUCCCCUUCACUCCUCCUCCUCUCUCGCGUCACUUCAUUUCCCCCUUGUCAGUUUGCUUUGCCCUCUGUCUCAGUCAUCAUCUCACUGCUAUCACUCUCCUACACAAUCUUUUGGGAAGCUGCCUUCACUUUAACUGCUUGUGUAUAUUGUUACUAUUACUGAUGACAUAUACCUUGAAUUGUAUUGUAACUUGAUGUUACUGCUGUGAUAUUACUGCUUGGUACUUGUAUUUAUUGAUGGUGUUUCACACUUGUGGCAUAUGUGAUCAGGUUAGCCUAUCACAGAAUGCUAUGUCACCUCGGGACAUUGGAGGGUACAAGGUAUGAGGGCCCUUUACAUACAAAUGGACGUUGUGUAGUUCAAUCAACAGGUGAACAACACUGAAAAUGUCAUCUUCAACACACUAUUUCUUCAUAUCUUGGGGUCUAUGCAGUACGUGCCCUGUUCCCUGUGGCCCAGGCACUAACCACGAGGGAGAGAGGCACAGACAGUUUGAUACGGUACGCUGUCUGUUGUACAGCAGUAUGAUAGUCAGGACUCCGCUUCAAGCUCAGCGAGCUCUCUAUGCCCACCCUGCCACCCCGCCCCCUCUGACGUUAUCACAGAGCAGCUGCAGGGUCUCCAUGGCACUGGUUUGCAUGGAAACCGCUAGUUCCCUCCAAAUAUGUCAAAUGUGCCUAUUUGAUUGUGACAUUUUCGGGAAAUAAAAUCUAAAUGUUGGCUCCUUGAUACUGAAAUGAAAGCCUAGGUGUUACUGUAUGUUUGACCCUUUCCCAGCCAGCACUUCUGAAUGUGACAUGUGUGUAUAUACUGUAUAUAUAUACAGCAUGAGAUAAUAAUAUAAUGGUCUGCUUUCCUUUGUAUUAUGUUUAGAGUAUUUAAUGAAAGGUUAAUAUAUAGAACAACAUUUUUGUCCUUCAGUUCAUUGUCAUGAUUAUUUUUAAAUUAUAAAGCUGAAUGAAGGAAAAGUUGUUGUAUUUCUGCUGCUUUCUGCUAAUGUGUUGUAGACACCACACCAAGCCACCAAUGCAUUCAAAACUGUGAUAUAGUGUACUACGGUGGGGUUCUGACUGAUUGCAGUUUUCUUAGACUGCUGCCAAUGAGAGACAUUUGAAAUCUUUUUACUUGGAUUGUUUUACUCAUUUUAGCUGUACACGUGUCGACUGCCUGUUAAAACCUCACUUCUUUAAGGAAACAUUGUUUGUAUAUGAGCUCUUCUGGGGAGGCGUAGCGGGGAAAAAUAAAAGUGUUUCAAAAAGUGA